AUGAAAAUCGACUCUGCAGUCAUCAAGGCAUUGAGCCUCGACCCAGUCAGAACAACAGUUGCCCGACACGGAGGAUCCGGGUUUUCGACCACUGCGAAGAUUACCACGACGCUGAAAGAUGGCACUGAAAAGCACUUUUUCAUGAAGACGGGCAAGGGCAAAGACGCCGAAGUCAUGUUUGCAGGUGAACACGCCUCGCUUAAUGCGAUUCACAUGGUGCCAUCACUAUGCCCUGCCAGCUUCGCACACGGGCCCCUUGAGGACGCUGCAGGGGGUGCAUUCUUGGUCACGGAUUUUCUGGAUAUGAGUGGAACGUCGUUGGGGAGCGAAAAGGGGUCUGGGAUGUCAUUGGCGGCGAAGUUGGCGAAGCUGCACACCACGGCUGCUCCGAUUCCAGAAGGCUUUCAGAAACCUGUCUUUGGCUUUCCGGUGCCGACCUGCUGCGGCGACACAGAACAGCCCAACGACUACACAGAGUCCUGGGCCGAUUUCUACGCCCAACAUCGUCUCCUGGCAAUUCUGAAGAAAAGCGAACGCACGAACGGGAAGGACCCUACCCUUCGCUCUCUGGUAGAAAAGACGGUCGCAGAGACCGUGCCGAGACUCAUAGGAGACAAACACCUAAACAGUGGGAAGGGAAUCAACCCUGUCGUUGUUCACGGCGAUUUGUGGAGCGGGAAUAAGGGAAGAGGAAGAAUAGGUGGCAAAGGGGCUGUCGAAGACGUCGUUUUUGAUCCGAGUGCUUGCUAUGCCCAUAGCGAGUAUGAGUUGGGGAUAAUGAGGAUGUUUGGGGGGUUUGGGGGAAGCUUUCUGAAGGAGUAUCAUCAAAUUUGUCCUAAGACGGAGCCGGUGGACGAGUAUGAGGAUCGGGUCAAUUUAUACGAACUGUAUCAUCACUUGAAUCAUCAUGCGAUUUUCGGCGGGGGCUACAAGUCUGGGGCUGUUUCGAUUAUGAGGGCUUUGCAUCGGAAAUUCAGUGGGAAGACCCUCGCAGAUCAGAGGCUUUUACGAAACCUCGCCCGCGCAAAAAGGGUCCUCGAAUCAUACGCACACCAAUUGCUCUACUUCCUCUCACAGAUCGAAGAGCCAAUUUUCAUCGACCUCACUGGCGCCUGGGACCCUUCCGAACAACACUGGAGAGACUUCAUCCCAUCACCCGCGGACCAGAACCUUCUCAACCUUCGCAAAGACCAAGGAGCCGUCGGAUACCUCUUCCACAUCGACAUUCCUCGAUCAUCUCUACCACUCCACGCGCCCGCCAUAUCAAUUGUCCGCCAAUCUGUCAACCCUGGACAGCGAGAAAUCUACAACAUGAUGAACCAUUCCGCGAAGCGCUUAUUAGGAGUGGUCACCCAGCAAAAAGCGACAUCGCAUGGUAUAAAUCAUGUUUGGCGCAUAGAGAAAGAGGAUGAGGGCAAAAGGGAGGAAGUGGUGCGGUUUGCAGGAUGGACUAGAGUGUGA